GCGCGACUGAUCGAGACAAGCCGAAAGACGAACGAGCCAUUGCUCAUACGAGACUGAGCGACCCGCCAUGUCAGCCUCAGAUGUGCGGGACAUCCUGCAGAUCCCCAGAGCCGGUCCAUCUGCGCCUGUACAGCCACUACGACUGCCAAAGAAGGAGAAGCGGCCGGAUGGCAUCACACGAGAACUGUAUGCCCUCAUCGGCGACAACGCACCUUCGCUUGCGCUGGCCAAGCCAAAGAUGAAGGGCAAGCCUCGGAUGCAACGUAAAGUAGCCAAGUGGACAAGGCAAGGCUUCACAAACCAGGCGAGAAAGGACGACUUGCAGCUCUCUCACUGGGCCAGAGAUGCUGCUUCCACGUCAUCGGAUGCAGAUUAUGCUUUCGUCAAGUACAACACAGCCUCGGCAUCGUAUUCCUACUCAAACGAUGAGUAUCUUCACAUCCUCAGAGAUGAUGAUUGGACACACGAAGAGACGGAUCACCUCUUCGAUCUCGCGCGUCAAUACGACCUGCGCUUCGUCCUCAUGGCAGAUCGAUGGGCCUAUACUGACAUCGAAGGAAAAGUGACGCCUCGCACCGUAGAGGAUCUGAAAGCGCGCUAUUACAGCGUAUGCCGUAAGCUCAUACGUGCUCGGCCACAGACCGACGAGAGUGCAAAGUCCAAGCUCCUGACGGAAUACGCAUUCGACAAGUCUCGGGAGAUCGCGCGAAAAGCCUACCUGACGACGAUGCUUUCGCGGACACCUGCGCAGAUUGCAGAAGAGGAUUUCCUUUACGUCGAGUCUCGUCGACUCGAACAGAAUUACGCAAAGCAUCAGCGCGACAGGGAGAACUUACUGCGCUUACUUGGUGGUCCGCUGGCUUCCAAUGCGCACACUGGCAUAGGCGGAGGUACUCCGGCGGGUGCAGUCGGUCUGGCUUCACCCGGUACGCCCCUGGGCAUCUCAAAGUCUUCUACCAAUUACAAGAAAGGACGGAAAGGCGAAUACGAUGAUCCAAGCGCGGAUGACGAAGCUUCUUUAGAACGUCGGGCGAAAGCAAAUCCUCUCUUUGACGCGCAAUAUUGCAUCACUCGAAAUGAUGCUUCCCUGGCUCGCAAUACUUUACUUGCGACAGGACCUUCUGUCUUCUUACGCUCUUCGCGCGUCACGCCGCUCAAACCUGCAACAGCGCCCAGGAUCGGCGCAGCACUAGCAGAGAUGGGCAUCUCACUCCGCCUCGUUAUGCCUACCGCGAAUAACGUAGCCAGAUUGGACGGGCUGACGCACGCACUUGGUUCUCUGGUCGAUCUCAAGCGAGCCACCGAACGAGCCGAAUACGAAAUCAAGGUCCUCAAGCAACGCAAAGUCGGCGCAACAAGUCCUGCGGCAGAGCAAUCAACACCAGCCGAACGCGCCAAGCGAAGUGCUUCUGUUGCUUCCACAGAAGGCGGCAGCAACAAGCGCGCGAGAAUGUGAUCUGCGCGAUGCUACAUCUGAAUAGCUUUGUCGUGCGUCAGUGCUUGCAGUGCAUACAACAACAAAGUGCGUUCUAUGUGAUUGCGCUUCUUAUGCGUCUAGUUCCAGUGCAGCAAAGCGAGGAUGACUACUGAUUGUGCCCGGAUCGAGUAGUGGAUACGAGCUGUCAAAUGCAGUCGCGACAUGGCUCGCUCUGUAGCGCACAUUGAGCAGGCCGUGACGCAAGCGAUAGACGCUACGAGAAGCAGCCGUCAGCUCCUGUGGAUCGAUAAAACCGUGAGAUGCUGUGCGAAGUCGGGCGCGAUUGGAAACGCGUCCGAGCAAUUUUGCGUCGU